AUGACAGAAAAAAGCACAGCAAACCCAGACAUUUCAGAUCAAGAAGAGGACGCAUAUGAUGCACGUAUACAAAAGACAGGCUGUCAGGAAGAAAACGAUAAUCUCUUGAUAUGCUAUGCAGACAAACGCGACUGGCGACUUUGCAAUGCUGAAAUGCAAGCGUUUCGAAAUUGCUAUCAAAAAAAUAAGCAGAACGCUGGCAGUCAGGAUCUUGAAGAUUCAGAGCGUGCUAAAAAAGCUUAG